AUGACAGAUAAUAAGAUCUCCAUCAAAUAUUCGUCCAAGUUAAUUAACCAGCCUAUGUUUGGCCUUCGAGGCCCUUCAUAUUCCUUUUCUUAUUCUGAUACCUACAAAACCGGUGUCUACGAUAAUUGCCGGUUCUCCGGGAUCUUCUACGGGACCCGAUAUUUAAAUCCUCAACAUGAUGAUCAUAAGAAAACUGAUCAGGUGAAGAAGAAGGAUCUAAUUCGCUUGCCAGUUGCCGACGUUGAAUCGAUUAAUCCGCUUUUGACUCGACUCGUCCAACACCUCUGCCGGCACAGUUCCAACGUAAGAGAUGCUCCUCGCCGUCUCCAAGAAGACAACAACAAAAAUACUAAUAAAUUCUGCCAGGCCUGCACCCUGCCCGUCUACAGCGACGACGAAUCAACCUCAUCUGACUCUUACCUACACAAAUGGUGUGCCGAUUUACCCGAGGAGCUCAAAGAGCACCCCAUUCACCCGGAUCACAUUCUAAACCUCUUUAUGUCGACACCAAAAGACUCGUCUGUCUUCGUCUGUAAUGGCUGCAACUUCCCCGUUAACGGGUACGGGUAUAAAUGCACGGAAUGCUCCUCCGAUUACAGCCUCUGCAUUCGAUGUGCAUCCCUUCCAAGCUCUAUCCUACACGAAGCGCAUAAACACCCUCUGAUUCUAAACAAUGGAUCUAAGGACGUAAAGUGCGACGCUUAUUGUAGCGACGUUUACGGUUCACAAUUGGCGACGUUUACCUGUGACGAAUGCGGUUUCGGGAUACAUGGGACAUGCGCUUUGUUGCCGAGAACAAUCAAGCACCGGUAUGAUGAACUUCAUCCGUUUGCAUUGCUCUACCCGACGUUAAUGUCAGUGAACGGUGAAGAUGGCGAUUUGAGUUCGCGACCGUUUUGUGAAAUCUGCGAGAGGGAUGUGAAUUAUGCAAAAGGAAAUGAUCAAGGGUGGUUAUAUCAUUGCGAGGAUUGUGAUAUGUUUGGUUGUGUUGAAUGUUUUUCCAGGGAUCUGAAUUUAUUGUCGAUGAUAAAGACUGACGGAUCUGAACUCUGA